UGCAGCCUGCUGUUAGUUUGUUGUGAAAACUGUGUUUUUGUACGUUUAUUUUGCAUAAAUCAACUGGCCAAGUGCGUUUUUGAUCAAUUGGGGCACUCAAAUACGCCCAGAAUCUAGAGCUCAAUACGAAGUGGCCCUAAAUCAUUGUAAAAUUUGUUGGUAGCAAAUAAUGAAAUAGUGAAUAUGUUUCAAUGACGUCGCGAAACCAAAUCGUGAAACGACAGAAAGAAAGACCAGAGGAAGAGUGAACGUGAAACAGCCGCCGCGCCUGUCUGUCCCCUGCUGUUCGUCUUUUUUUUUUUAUUGUAUUGUAGAUUUAUGCGGGUUAAACAACUAAUUUCAACAUUAAUGUGCACAAAAAUUGGAGCUUUAGUAGCAGAACAAAUUUCGUAAAUCAUGUGCUAAGCAGCAGCAACUAGACAAAUGGGUUCGCGUAUCAAAAACGACGUAAAGAAACUCUUUGAGUUUUGGUGUGAAGUGCAGCCCUCACAUGGCAUCGAGCGAGGCACUAUUGGACGUAAUAGUAGAGGCGCAUCGACGCCAGCAGGAGUCAUUAUCGAAAGCUUUCCGGAGGGCUUUCGCGAUAAGGAGGUGCUCACCGGCAUACCAUCGUUUGCAUUCCCGUGCGAGUUAGACAGAAGAUCAGUACAGUCGUAUUCAUUCGUACAUACCACCGGCGAUUCAAAAUGGCGUUUUGGUUUUUGCCGGCAUGAUCCGAAAACAGACACGGCAAUGGUGUUAAUAACCUAUCUGCCCUGGCAUGAUAUCUUCCUAAAGUUGCUUAUUGUGCUGGCGGAGCUAAGGAGAACUGAUCCGCAGGGUUUUCGGGCAUUUCUAGCUGAGGCAUACAAUCGAGGAGUGCCCGAAUCGGGGGGCAGUCUUACGGUUUUCUAUAACAGCGGUCAAAACCAUUUUACCUUUGAACGCCCACUGCAGUUUAUGCUGCCUAGCAUACCAGAAAAUCACAAUCUAAAUUUGUAUUAUAACUUUGUGGAUCCAAAGGAGAUGAUAUCCGUUUUUGCUGCCAUGUUAGCGGAGCGUCGCAUUAUAUUUACUUCGAGUCAUUUGGAUCGUUUAUCGUCGUGCAUACAGGCAGCGCAUGCAUUCCUCUAUCCCAUGGUCUGGCAACAUAUAUUUAUACCCGUGCUACCUUGGGAAUUCAAGGACUAUCUGGGAGCGCCUAUGCCAUAUCUAAUUGGUGUGCCAAAGCCCGUGCUUGAUGCUGUAUCAGCAGAUGAGCUAGGCGAAGUUGUGAUCUUAAACUGUGAUACGAAACUGUUCGAGAGUCCGUUUGAGGAUGUGCGCGCUCUGCCCUCGGAGAUUGUGUCGCAGCUGAAAAAGAACCUAAGCCACACACAGGAUCACAUUGGAGAUCGUGUAUCAAAAAUAUUUCUGGGCGCCUUGGUACAACUCAUAGGCGGCUACAGAGAUGCCGUCGAGUUUCAUGACACCAGCAAAAGUUUCAAUCAUGCCAAAUUUAUAGAAUCUCGGCCCGUGCAUUUGCAUGCAUUUCUGGCUAAAAUGAUGGAACUACAGAUUUUUGCACAGUUCAUCGAUGAGCGACUCAAGAUGCUAAACAGUGGCCUAGGAUUCUCCGAUGAAUUUGAGCUUGAGACAGUGCGCUAUGCGGAAAAGCUAAAGAAACGUGGACGCAAUUAUGUCUUUCUUAAGCAUGUUAAGGACAAGACUAAUCCAGCAGUUAAGUCUGCUGUUAAAUCGGUCAAAGAAGGCUCUCGCGGUGUGAAGACUGCCUAUAAGAAGUGGCGUGAUAACGGCAGCCAUAAUCCUAGCCAUCAGUUUCACUUUGGUUUAGGAUCGCCUCAGCACUCGGAUCGUCCGGACGGCAAUCAAACGGCUUACGGGCGUAAAGCCACGCAUCAUUCUGCGCCCAGCUCACCCGUUUGCAGCAAACGUUUGGAGCACAAUGGUAGACUUGGAGGAGCUGCCGGCAAGGAGCAAGUCGAACCAUCUAGACGUACCGCUGUGCCGCUGGCCAUGUCCAGCUCGAGCAGUCACAUACAGCCGCAUGGUUAUGCGCUGGGCGCGACACUUACUGCUGGUAAUCAUCAUGCUGUGGGUGCGUCUCCUGCUAUUAGCUCGGCAAGCUCGUUGUGCUCCUCAUCGGAGAUGAACCUGUCACAGGAGUUGCAAAACCACCCGCUGUUCAAGACGCCCGCCGUGGAUCGCAGCCUUAAGCCACAGGCCAACAACAUCGAUACUCCCAGUCGGAGCACACGCCUUCCCGCCUCCUACUACAAUCAUCCAUUUGCAUCGCAAGCACAUCCGCAAGUGGAUGGCAAACCGCCGCCGUCGUUAUCGCGCCAACUCAACAGCUCCACACCACAGAAGUCACGUCUGUUUACCAGCAAUGAUUCCAGUUUUGACAGUCCGCCGGAUGUGCAAUCUCCGCCUGUGCCACCACGUCGGCAGUGCAGUGCAAAUGCAGUAGUAGCGGCCACAGCAGCUGCUGUUAGCGCUGGCAUAAAUCGUCUGGAGCGCAAUUGCUGGCAGGAUGAGCAACACUCGGAUAUGGUACGCAGCUCUAAUUCAUCAGAAUCGUCGUCAUCAUAUUCAUCGGGUGCUUCGUUUGUCACUGCGGCCUCAAGAUUUUCGCAGCUGAAUGUUUCGUCGCCAGGCUCGGAAGGAGCGCCCAUACCGUUGCCACGAGCCAAGAGAGAGUCACCGCGCAGUAGCAGCGCAAGUAGUAGCCUGGCGCCGCCAAAGGCAGAGGACAGUAUGAACGAUUUAAUAUCGCUGGACGAUAGCAACAACACCAGCUUCGAUCUGGAAGACUUUGACCCGCUCAAUCAAAAUGCACGCCCCUUGCCGCCCCCCAACAAAUUCUUUAACGGAAAUAAAUCAAAAUCAAGCACCUUGCCUGUUGGCAUCAACAGUAGUGUGGUUGCUAGUCAAGCCAACAAUAGCGUUAAUAAUCCGCUCUAUCCAUUUUUUGCCCCCAAGCACAUGGCUACGGUGGCGGCGGUGACAGGUCAACGGAUUAACGCAUUACCGUCACCAAUUCCCCACUCCAACAAGUUAGUUGUUAAGCCGGAUGAUGAUUUUGAGCUGUUGCGAAAAUACGGAUUGGAUCAGUUUACACUCAAUGCUAAUGGUACGGAUGUCGGAAAGGGCAUGAAUAAUUGGACAACUUUUGAUUAGGCAAAAAA